AUGUCUUCUCCUUUCCCAUCCCUGCCAGUCUCGCAAAUCACCAUCCCUUCCAACCCCCUGAUCAACGCCGCGUACGCCUACGUCAAGGAGAACUGCAGCGAGUGCACCCUCAACCACUGCCUCCGCAGCGUCGCGUUCGGCCUCAUCUUGCAGAAGAAGUUCCCACCGUUGGCAAACGCCCCUGACCGCGACACCGAAGCUGUAGUUCUGUCCACACUGCUGCACGACAUGGGCUGGGCAACCACCAAGGCCCUCCUCUCCAAGGACAAACGGUUCGAAGUCGACGGCGCAAACAUCGCCCGUGAGUUCGUCACCCGCGAGGACGGCAAGUGGGACAAGCACCGCAUCCAGCUCAUGUGGGAUGCCGUCGCGUUGCACACGACCCCCUCCAUCGCGCAGCACAAGGAGCCAGAGGUCUUCGCCACUCAGUUGGGCAUCAUGACGGAUUUUCUUGGCCCGAAUCUGCCGCUGCCGGGCUCGCCCAUCACCAUCGACGAGUACAAGGAAAUCGUCAGAGCUUUCCCACGCCUUGGAUUCAAGGAGGAGCUUCGGGGCAUUAUGUGCGGCCUGUGUCGUGACAAGCCGGAGACCACCUUUGACAACUUUGUGGGCGAUUUUGGCAAGAUCUACGGGUUGGACGGGAAGGGUGGGGGCAAGGAGGAGUUUACCAAGAUGUGCGAGGAGAAGAAUCUCGUGAGGAUGCUGGAAGCCAGCUUGACUGCCUUGGAGCAGUAUGAGAAUUGA